AUGGCUACGAAAUCUUCUAUUCUACACCCUCCCAACGAGACCGAAAAUAGUGUGUCUCGCGUCACCCGGGAGGGUAAAAUGAUUACCUACACCUUGACAGUCAUUCAGCAGCCAGAACGUGCCAGAGCAUGUGGUGCCGGAGCCAAAUCUGCUGCGGAUCGUCGACCAGUUGACCCACCUCCUGUGGUUCAACUGCGUAUUUAUGAAUCGGAUUUAAACGACCAACACAAGACCGAUAUCACUUUUGGCUAUAACGCCAACUUUUUCUUGUUCGCGACCCUCGAAUGGGCCCGUCCAAUUGCUCAUGGCAGAGUCCAGACUCAGACUCCUACUUGUGCAGCGUUGACAGGAGUUCCUGUUGCUGGCAUUUCGUAUCUAGAUCGUCCACACCAGGCGGGAUACUUCAUUUUCCCGGACCUUUCUGUACGGCAUGAGGGUCUCUACCGGUUGAACUUCAACCUCUACGAGGAGAUGAAGAACCCCAAGGAUGCAAGUAAAGGUGCCCCAAUGAUACAACCCCAGGGCUAUCUGGCAGCACCCAACCCUUCAAAGCUCCGUUCGCCAAAUCAAUUUCUUGAUUUCCGUUUGGUCGUUAAAUCGAUCCCCUUCACCGUUUACAGCGCGAAGAAAUUCCCGGGUCUUGCAGAGAGUACUUCGUUGAGUCGCAUCGUAGCCGAACAAGGCUGCCGUGUCAGGAUCCGUCGUGAUGUCCGCAUGAGGCGCCGCGAGUCUAAGACCAGCAAGGCCUAUGGUGGUUACGAUGACAGACAUAUGACCCCCGAUCCUUACCCAGGAACUCCCGUCGAACGGCCUCAUUCGACGAGCCAUGCCUCCGUGGAUGACCACUACAGAUACUCCGCAGGCCCUUCCCGUGUUCAACCGAAUCCCGAAUAUGGCUAUCACCCUUCUUACAAACAACACUCUCCAGUUCCAACUGCCCCGCCACAUUUAUACUUUGCUUUUGGCGCUAAUCAAACACUAUGCCAUGGACCUCCGCCACCGACAGCCGCUCACCAAGCUCCACCCCCACAGGCCCCCUACCCUUCACCUCACCUUGGCUAUGCCCACACACGCCAAGUCUCGGCAGGCUCACCAGAAUAUGACUCCCAGCAGCCAAAAUAUACCUCAUACUCUCCUUCAACUCCUCAUUCAGAUGUCUACGACCAACGAAAGCCCAAUAUCCCUCUGACUCCGUCCAUUGAUACCCCGUCCAACCCACCACCUAUGCCUUACGAACCACGCGUCGCAGAUCCAAAACUAUACAUACCAUCAACUCAACUCCACGCAGCAUCUCCGCCAUCUCUUCCAUCGCCCUCCCAGACCAGACCAACUCCCGUCACCAUGUCUCCAACCACACUCAACCCCAUCUCCGUCGAAAUGGACACGUCUGCCAUCCUCCCCGCACCCGAACCCGAGAAAGUUUCGUACACCUCGAUCCGCACUGAUGGCCGAUUGCUCUUCACCAACAAAUCUGGCCCUUCGAAACGAACUCGCGAUUCGUCAGACCAGGACGAGCCGCUGCGUAAUGGGCAGCGACCUGCAUCUAGCGACGACAAGUUGGGUGAGUUUGGCGAGACAUCUGGUUCCGAUGAUGAGCUCAUGAAAUAUCGACGAGCCGAUGGGAGGAUGAUGGCCAAGCAGCGUGUGUUGAUGUAUUGUAACGGAAAACCGGUCCAUGCUCUUCAUUCUUUGCAAUUGUUGCCUCGUGGGCCGGAAUUGUUGUCUCGUGGGCCGGAAUUGUGUGCUGUUGCGGAGUAA